AUGUACAGGAUACCGACCGGAAAGGUCUUAUCAAUGUUUUUCUUUUUGAGUCCGUCCGGUUCUGACUAUUUGGCAUGACAGCUAGCGCUUUAAGGUAUAUUUGGUAUAAGUUCGAGCUUUACUUAUCACACGUUCGUUCGGUACCCUGUAUAUCUUAAUUCGUGGUGGAGACUAAAAAACGGAAUACACGUGAUGUUAUAGCAGUAUUGAUUUUCUAUGAAAAUACACCACUGACAUGGGUGACUGUUAACAAAUAUUAUAAUUUGCACUGGCUUUUUAAAAAUCUCCGAGCACCACUGCUUGUACCUAAAACUAUAUUAAUAUACCUGUACAUUAUGUUAUAGGUACCCAACUAUACAUUAUGUUAAACUGUUUAACGCGAUUUUUAUAUUUUUGAACCGUAGGUAUUUAUGGUAUUUUGUCUGUCCGCUGCGGAAGUUAUUAUUUUUUUUUUUUUUAUAAACGAUUAUAUUAAAAUCGGAACUAUCGCAUUUCGCAUUUAUGCUCUCGUCUAUUUAUAGAACGUAUUUAUGAAUACUAAAUACGAUGUCAUAAUACGAAUAAUUGAUAGAUACCUAAAACUUAACGUCAAAAGUGUCCGGGUUUCGAGUUUAAGUCCGCGGAACGCUGGACGUUCGUCAAAACGGUAGAAUGAAAUAUUUAUUACGCCGGUCGCCUUAGCGACGACCGUUCUUACAAAAAUAACACGGAUGUUAUUGCUGGUUUGAAAUAAUUCUAUCGGAAAACCGUUGGCUAGUUAAAUACACAAACAAAUCAACUGUUGCUUCGUGGAUACGGUCGCCGGAAAAGUUAACGAGGGCCCGGCAACCGAGUAAACAACCUUAGUGUGCGAUCCGAACAAAUACGUAAGAAUAAUAUUAAUUAAGAAUAUCAAAUUUAAAGUUCAAUAUACCUAAUAGUAUAGUUUUUGUUUUUUGGUUUUUUUUUUAGCCUUUUGAUUCUCCUGCACAUUCGUGCGCGUCAUCGUCUUCGUAUAACUUCCAAUACUACGAUCAACAUGAUGUUCACCGUGGUUUCGCUAAUAGAGGGCAUGCUUUUCACGGCGAUCUUGAUGCUACUGCUACUGUGUUGGCUAAGCGAAGCAAAUACGAACAUUGCCGUCCUAGUGUGGAACGCAAUCGUUCUAAUAAGGUACGGCGCGUAUAUCCGAAAAACCGUUUUAUGUUGUUUUUUGUCCGUUCUAAAAUGAGUAAUCGGUGUCUUACAUCUGGCGAGUCUAUGCCAAUGGACGCGCCUCGUCAUCGUUACUCGUCGGCGAAUAAAGCCGACGACCGCGGUACGCCUUUGCCGUCACUCGCCGGCAAAGGCGUUUUCCUAUGA